AAAAAUACCAAACAAUUAACUAGGUAGGUGUGGUCUAAAUAAAAUGGCGGAUGACAAGGAGGGAUUCUUUGACGAUGAAGCCGAAGAAUCUGAAGCCGAAGAGGAAGAGGAAGGCGGGAAAGGAAGGAGAGGAGGCCUCCUCAGUAGUGAAGACUCGGAGGAAGAAGAAGAUGAUGAUGAUGGGCAAGAUCUUGAAGACUUGAUUGAUGAUAAUGUGGUAGAGGAGGAGGAGGGGGAGGGGGACGAGGGGAGGGAGAGGAAGAAACGUCGGAAGAGAAGUAUUGACGACCAAUUAGAUGAUGAAGAUUAUGACGUCAUUUUAGAAAACACAGGAAUCAGUGUACACAAGAAAUUCAAACGUGUACAAAUGUUUGAUAGUGACGAUGAAGAAGAGGGCGUGGUCAAUGACGAGGGUGUGGAGCCAGGUCCAUCAGAUAACGAGGAAGAAUUGGCUCUAGAUCAAUCAUUUGAUUCAAAUCAGUCUCGGCAAAAGGGUGCCAGUAGGGUUGAAGAGGAAGAUGAUGAUGAAUUUGGUGAUUUCAUUGUUGGGGAUGAUGGGAGACCAGUCGGCUACAAGAAAACUGAUUUAUUUUCAGAACCAGCACUACUAGAGGCCCAGGAGAUAUUUGGCGUCGAUUUUAAACCGUCGGAUUUUGGACUGGGAUCAGACGAGGAGGGAGAGGAGGAGGAGGUAGGAGAGGAGGAGGAGAGAGAAGACGAUGAUGAUGAAAUGGAUGGUGAAGUGGGUGUGAGAGUUAAAAAGAGAAAGAAGAAAUCAAAGAACAGGAGUAUCUAUGACGUUUAUGAGCCGAGUGAGCUGGAGAGAAGCCACCUAACUGACCAGGACAAGAUAAUACGAAUAACUGACGUACCAGAACGAUACCAAACUAGAGCUAUACCAGUUCGUAGCAGUGACGAGGGAGAGUUGCAGCUGGAGUCAGACUGGGUCUACCAUCAAGCGUUCUGCUCCCCUCCUGUCUCCAACCAGCCUUACUCCCAGCACACACAGCAACAGAGAGCAGGUGCCGUGUCUAAUGCCAAAUCACCCUCAGCCAUUCCUAAAAUAAAGGAAGCUUUGAACUUUAUGCGAAAUUAUUUCUUUGAAGUUCCUUUUAUUGGAACAUAUCGUAGAGAAUACGUAGAGCCUGAACUGAACAUGGAGGACUUGUGGAAGAUUUAUUACUGGGACGAGAAGUGGAUGCAGCUGCAACAGAGAAAGAAAGAUUUAAAGAAGUUGUUCAAGAGGAUCCAGGACUGGCAGUUUAACAAAGUGAAGGAGGAGCCCGAGAGAGCUCUGAAUGAAGACUAUCGGACACUUGACACUGACGAUAUACUUAGGUUGGAUGCAGUACAGACAGAAGAAGAGCUGUCAGAUGUUUACGCCCACUUCAUGUUGUAUUAUGGGCGUGACCUGAUAGCAAUGAAGAAUAAGAGAGAGUCUACUGCUGAUACUGAUAAUGAUGAUGUGCUAAAGACCACUGUGAAACAAUCUAAGAAGAAGGACUAUUAUUCUUUAUGUCAAGAGGCUGGUUUGGGUGCUCUGGCUUCAAAGUUUGGUCUAACUCCGGAGCAAUUCGGAGAGAACUUGAGAGACAACUACCAAAGACACGAGACAGAGCAGCAUCCUUAUGAACCAGAAGAAGCAGCUCAGGAAUUUAUACAAACAUCAGGUUUGUUUGUUAACGUCAGAGCUGUGUUGCAGGGGGCAUGUCACAUGGUUGCUAUGCAACUCGCCUCAGAACCUCUGGUACGACAAGCACUGAGACAAGUCUAUCAGACUAGGGCAGUCAUUAAUGUAUCACCUACCAAAAAAGGAAGAAAAGAGAUAGAUGAAUCUCAUUCAAUAUUCUCUUAUAAGUAUAUUAAGAAUAAACCGGUCCGUGAGAUUAAAGGAGAUGAGUUUCUGAGGCUCCAUCAAGCGGAGACUGAUGGAUUAAUUAAUGUUAAGAUAUCAAUAGACAUUGAGCAAUCAUCUUACGAUAAGAGAGGUCAGUCGUCGACAUUCCUUGAAGAAAUAAGAAUCCUGUUUUAUAGAGAUGAGUUCAGUUUGCUGGUAGAGAAAUGGAAUGCCCAGCGUGCCCAGUCGGUGGCCCAGUGUCUGAUGAAGGUGCUCUAUCCUCAAAUGGAGAAAGAGUUGAGAGCUAAACUGUUAGCGGAAGCUAAGGAACACGUACUACAGUGCUGCGUGUUGAAGUUCAGGAACUGGUUGGACGUGGGUAACUCCCUCACCUCAAGAGAUGAGGAUGAAGUCAUCAACGAGUCUGAGACCAGUCACAGGGUAAUGGCCGUGGCUUACUCUGACGACUGGAGUGUCCCUAGUUUUGCUUGUUUUUUAAACGGUAACGGCGAGGUACUGGAUUACCUGAGACUAGCUUACAUUCAUAAAAGAGUUAACGUUAACAGUGAAGUGGAGAAGGAGCAGAAGGAGGAGGAGACUAGGAAGUUACGGCAGACGAUGGAAAAGAGAAAACCUGAUGUUGUUGUAGUAGCUGCUUCAUCAAGGCAAGCUCUAAGUGUCAUUGAUGAAUUAAAGACGUGUCUAGUUGAAGCUGAUGGUGUAGCCCCGCCCACUAUUGAACUAAUGGAUCCGAAUAUAUCAGAAAUAUACUCAAAAUCCAACAGAGCUAAAGAGGAGUUUCCCAGCUACCCCCAGUUAUUAUUGUGUGCCAUUUCUUUGGGUCGACGUGUACAGGAACCCUUGUACGAGUUCACGUCACUUUUGUCCUCACACGAUGAAGAAUAUCUAUCAUUGAUACUCCACCCACUCCAGAGGUCUUUAUCAGUCGAGGACCUGAAGAAAGGACUGGAGGUGGAGCUAGUUAAUAAAGUUAACUCAAUUGGUGUUGAUAUUAACUUCUGUAUUGAGCACUCACAUGCUGAGCACAUGCUACCCUAUGUGGCUGGUUUUGGACCGAGGAAAUCAACUGGGCUCCUUAAACUGUUACGUCAGGAGAACAUACAGCUCCAGAACAGGUCUCAGAUUGUUACCCAGUGUUCCAUUGGUCCUCAGGUAUUCAUCAACUGUGCUGGAUUCAUUAAAGUACUGCCGUCUACCUUCACUGUCAGUGAUUCUGCGUACGUGGAGGUCCUUGACAGCACUAGAGUUCAUCCUGAGACCUACGAGUGGGCAAGAAAAAUGGCCUUCGAUGCUCUUGAGUAUUAUGACGAGGUGGGUGAUGAGUCCAAUCCCAGUGCAGCUGUUGAGGACGUGAUGGACACACCUGAGAAACUAAAGGACCUUGAUUUGGACGCCUUCGCUGAUGAGCUACGCAGACAAGAGUAUGGUGAUAAGGGACUGACAUUGUAUGAUAUUCGUGACGAGUUGUUUGCUCCUUUCAGAGACAAUAGACAAAUGUUUGGUAAAAUGUCUGCAGAUGAAAGAUUCACUUUAUUAACUGGUGAGACUCAUGAUACUAUUCACGAGGGUAAGCUGAUCACCUGCACUGUGGUUGGGAUAGCCAGGAGACGUCCCAAUCAAGAGGCACUGACACAAGCUAAUCCAAUAAGAGACCAGACCGGCUAUUGGCAGUGCCCCUUCUGUUUAGCGUCUGAUUUUGCUGACGUCAGCAGAGUGUGGUCUCAUGUUGACAGCCACGAGUGUCCUGGUCAGCCAGUCGGAGUAAGAACGAGAUUAGAAAACGGGUUAAACGGGUUUAUUGCUAUCAAGAACAUCAGCGACAGUUUGGUACAUAAUCCUGAGGACAGGGUCAAGCCUGGUAUGACCAUACACUGUCGUAUAUUAUCAGUUAAUAUUGAGAAGUUUUCAGUUGAUUUGACUUGCCGUAGCUCAGACCUCAUCGACAAGGCAGGGAAAUUUAGCAUAACGAGGGAUAUCUAUUUUGAUUAUGAAGCAGCUGAAGCUGAUAGUAAGAAAGACCGGGCUGCCACUCAACAGAAACCAAAAGAUAGGUACUUGAAGAGGGUUAUCGUUCAUCCUUCGUUUAAAAAUGUGUCAUUUUUGGAGGCUCAGAAGUUGCUGAUGAACAUGGAGCAAGGAGAAGCCAUAUUUAGACCGAGCAGUCAAGGUGUUGAUCAGUUAACUCUAACCUGGAAGGUUACGGACUCCAUCAUACAACACGUUAACAUCAAAGAGGAGGGAAAACCAAACCAGUUUAGCAUAGGGAAGUCACUUUUAAUUGGAAACGAAGAAUAUGAAGAUUUGGAUGAAAUACUGGCCAGAUAUGUUCAGCCAUUAGCUGGUAACGUCCGAGACAUAUUGACUUACAAGUAUUACAAUGAAGCUAAUGGCGGAGACAAGAGGAUCCUUGAGAAACUCCUCAAAGACGAGAAGACCAAGCACCCUAAGAAGAUACCUUAUUUCCUGAGCGCCUCCAGGGAGCACCCCGGCAAGUUUAUACUAUCAUACCAGCCGUCAACUAGAGCAAAGUUUGAAUACGUUGGUAUAAAACCGGAGGGAUACUGGUACAGAGGGCAGCUGUUCCGAAGUGUUAAUAGUCUCAUCAAUUGGUUCAAGGAGAACUUUAGAGCCGCACCCGUUAUAAGGCACACGCCCACUCCUAGCGUCAGUAGUGCCACGCCCUCUUUUAGGGGUAUCCCCUCGUCUGUCAGGGGGGCGACCCCUUACACCCCUGGUCAGUGGGACAAGACACCUGUAAUGUAGCUCAUGUACUCUCUCAUUUCUUAUUAAUAAAUUAUGUUCCUUUAUUAUUAUUAUUAUUAUUAUUAAUUUUUUCUAUGAUAAUUAAGCUUUAGCCCCGCCCCUUA